AUGAAGACCUAUGGAUUGUUAUUCCUGUGUCUACUUGGACUCAUAGUUGCUGAACUUAUAUGCGCAGAUGAUGUAGAUUCUAUUGCCUUAAAAGAUGCUAAUUUGGAUAAUAAUUUACCAGCUGUAGACACGGAGGGCCAUGAAAAUAUAUCAGCACGUAAAACUCGUCAAUUCGGUUUUCCGCCUCCACCACCAUAUGCACCUGGUUUUGGUCCUGGCUUUCGACCUGGUUUUGGCCCAGGAUUUGGUUACGGUGGUGGUUUUGGAGGUACCCGUGUUAUAACUCGGACUCGUACACGUGUUGUUAAUCGUUUCGGUGGAUUUGGUGGUGGAUUUUAUGGUUAA